ACCAUACUCAGAACAAGCAAAAAGAGCAGAAAAGGGUUCCAGAAGAAUGGUACUUGAAUACUCCUCCAACCACAAAUCUCAUCACCAUCAUCAUCACCGAGACUCAAUGAAGGAGUUCCAAGUUUCCUAUGUAACUGAAGAACUGAUGCAGGUCUUCGAACAUGCAGAUUUGAGGAGGAAGAAGAGCGAGAAGAUGGGUAGGAGAGAGGCUGCGAAAGAAAAAAAGGAUGUUGACAAGGAAGCAGAGUAGUUCAUCAAGUUUGAGCAUAGCAAGUUCUGUAAGUGGAUGACUUAGAGCGUCUAGUCUAGUCCAUUGAUGAUGAAGAAUAAGAAACAAUAAGGACAUACCAUAUUUUAUAUAUGUUGUACUAAUGAUAUAUAGAUAUUGUGCUCAUCUUUUUUUUC